AUGAAGUUUGCUAAGCAGCUGGAAACCGAGUCUGAGGACAUCCCGUCCGCCUGGCGUCCUUAUUUAAUUCAAUAUCGCACCCUCAAGAAGCUAGUCGCAAAAGUGGCGGACGAAAUCGAGAAUCGAGGCUUAUCGGCUACUUUUUUAAGAGAAACCUUGUGCAAACCCAAUCUGGAUCAAGAUGCCGAUGACCAUGCCAGUGUACCAAAGAUCAACUAUUAUUUCACAGGAGAGCCCCCGAACGUACGCCCGUGUAUCGAGUUUACCUAUAAUAGCCAUUCGCCGAGAAUCCACAAGCUUCUGACAAGAUUGAAGGAUAAAGACUUCAUUUCGGAUGACGAAAGCCAAGAUGACAAUGACCAAGAGACUUCUAAUGGAAACAAGGCCGUUAAGAUUAGCAAGCCGGCAUCAAAGGCUGGCACUCCGGGACUUGAGUAUAAGGGAUCCCAAAACGAUACAGACUUCUUCUCUCUCUCUCGAAGAGUUAGCAAUCCAUCCAUUCGACCGGAAAUUGAAUACAAAGGAACCCAAAACGACACAGACUUCUUUUCGAUUUCUCGCCGAGGAAGUCACUCAUCGGUCACAAUAGACGACGACAACCGGUUGAGCAGGAGAGAAAGUGAUACGGUUAUUCUGAUCAAAGAACUUAUGAACCUGGCUGUCCAUGAUCAGGAAAGGCAGCACAUGAUGCAUGCAAUUGCAGAAGAGGGGCUAAAUAUCAAGGAGACCCAGAACACUGGCGAACCUGAUGAAAUAAUGGACUGCGACGAAGAGAUUAGCACUGACGACCCUCACAUGAAGACACUUGUAUUGGAGCUCGAACAAGAUGAUGAGUUUUUUUAUACUCUUAUGAUGGAAAUGGAUCUAGCGUCCAAAUUGCAAGCUACAACCUCGGAUAAGUUCAAGCUUGAUAUUGACGGAUUAGAGUCGCAGAUGGCCAAGGUGGCUGCACCCAGUGAAAAAGACGAUAUGUACACAUGGCGUGCAAUCUUCAAUAUUUACAUGGAUGCCCAAAUAUUCAAAGGAAAAAUAGAGUCUGAUAGGACAAUGAGAUCUGUCCAGAAAUCCAAACAACAAAUGACCUGGUUUAUGAACCAAAUAGAAUCAAAACGUUUGGCUACCAAACUUAAGAGCAAGUCGUCAAAAAUAGCAUUUGAACAGUUUAUUGGUGUCAAUACUGCUCUCAUUACAAUGAAGCACUAUCAAGCCUUAAAUCAUACUGCAAUGACUAAAAUUCUCAAGAAGCAUGACAAGCGAAGUGGACUCACUGCAAGCCAAAAUUUCCCGGAAAUUGCAAAGGUCAAGAAAUUCUUUGAUCAAAAGAUGGCACAUAUCCUUUGUGCCUUGUUAACUGAGAAACUAAUCUCUAUUAUCCUUCAACCCGAAGAUUUCUCUUGUCCUGUGUGCAUGUGGGUAGCAUGGCGACCUAUUAGGCUGGUGUGCGGUCAUGUAUUCUGUGUUCGAUGCCUGAUUAAGCAACAAAGGGCUCAUAUGGAUAGCUGCCCUGUGUGUCGACAUCCUACUGCAGUAAAGCUUGCCAGUGCGAUUGAUCUGGACCUGCCUCGUCAGAACCUUUUGAAGCAGUAUUUCCCAAAGGAGAUCAAACAGAAGCGGCGAGAGAAUGAGCGUGAGCAGGCAAUUGAGGAUGUCCAGGCCAUGACAGGACGCAUCUAUACAGAAGAACAAUUGAUGCAGAUGCAAAGGCACCCAAAUGUGCUCUUGCCUCCGUUGUCACUAUUGGUUGCCUUGCAAAGCAUUCAGAUGGGUUGCGAUAAAUAA